CAGCCCACUCCCAGUCAGUCGAAGAUUAGGGAGUGCGGGGCUCUCAACAGACCAGUUUGUGCGAGUGGACCCGAGACGGAGAUCAGCUGCUUUGCCAGCUAACCAUAUUUUUACGGCACCUUCAGGAUUUAUUCGUAUGUGGUUAGAGAGUUGACUAUCCUCCGCUUAAGGGAACUUGUAUAUAAUUUGCUUCUGGCGAAGUUGGGGGAAUGGAUAGGCUGCUUGGAGAAGAUAUGAAGUUGUUGAAACUCUGUGUGCCUUUUAUCUGGUUUGGUUUGGUGCACACAUACAACAUUGAUCUGGAUCACCCAGUCGUUUUCCGAGGAACUAGUGGGACUUUCUUUGGCUUUUCGGUACUGGAGCAUUUCCACGACAACACACGGUGGGUACUGGUUGGGGCCCCCCAGGCCAACUCUACCUAUAGUUCAUCCGUGCUGUCCCCGGGAGCCGUGUAUAAGUGUCGAAUCCACAGUAAUCCCGACAAGAGGUGUACAGAAUUGGACCUAGGUCGAGGUAAUUGGCAGGGAAAGAGUUGUGGUAAAACCUGCAAAGAGAACAGAGACAAUGAGUGGAUGGGAGUGAGUCUGUCCCGACAGGAAGGAGGCAACGGCAGUAUUCUGGCAUGCGCACAUCGUUGGAAGAACAUCCACUAUGAAACUGAGCACAUCCUGCCUCAUGGUGCCUGCUACAUCGUCCCACCUAAUUUAUCCCGAAACACUAAAGAAUUGCUCCCCUGCUACCAAGAAUACAAGAAGAAAUAUGGAGAGGAACAUGGCUCAUGCCAAGCUGGGAUUGCAGGCUACUUCACUGAGGACCUGAUUGUAAUGGGAGCACCAGGAUCAUAUUACUGGACUGGCACCGUGAAAGUUUACAGUUUAAAAGAUGGGAAAUAUUAUCAUUAUGAGGAUUCGGUUAUUGGGUCCCGCCAUUACCGUUACCUGGGAUAUGCAGUGGCUACAGGCCACUUCACCCAGCGCAGUUCUUUGGAGAUCGUAGGAGGAGCUCCACAAGAUGGAGGCAUUGGAAAGGUUUACAUAUUUAAGAUUGACAUAGAUAAGCUCUCAACAAUUUCAACUAUUCCUGGAAAAGAGGUGGGUUCCUACUUUGGCUCAUCACUGUGCUCGGUUGAUUUGAACUCUGAUGGAUACUCAGAUCUUCUAGUUGGAGCCCCCAUGUUCACACAGAUAAGAGAUGAGGGACAAGUAACUGUUUUCAUCAACAGAGGCAAUGCAGCACUGGAAGAACAACAGCUUUUGAAUGGAGAUGGCAUUUAUAAUGCUCACUUUGGUCAGUGUAUUGGCUCUCUUGGCGAUAUUGAUGACGAUGGAUUUCCAGAUGUUGCAAUUGGAGCACCUAAUGAGAAUGAUUUUCGAGGAGCCGUCUACAUUUAUCACGGAGAUCCCAAUGGAUUAGUCUCCAGAUAUUCAAUGAAACUGCUGGCACAGAACAUUGAUCCAGAAUUGCGCAUGUUUGGCCAUUCCAUAUCAGGAGGAGUGGACAUGGAUGGAAAUGGCUACAAAGAUGUAACAAUUGGCGCCUUCAUGUCAGAUAGCGUGGUUCUGCUUCGAGCUCGUCCAGUUAUUACAGUGCAGAUUGCUAUUCUGCUUCCUGAAUCCAUUAACAUCACAGCUCCACAGUGCCAUGAUGGCUAUCAGCCUGUCAACUGUUUCAAUGUUACGACUUGUUUCCGCUUUCAUGGCAAGCAGGUCCCAGGUGAAAUAGAAUUGGCUUACAAUCUGACAGCGGAUGCCGUAAAGAAACAGAAAGGUCUGCAAACCAGAGUUUACAUCCAGGCAAGUGAUCCAGUCAGCCAGGUCAUGGAGAACAUCAAGCUGUCCUCCAACAAGGAGAGUUGCAAGCAUUACUUCGUCAUUGUCAAGCGGGAGGUGAAGGAUGUGAUUGCACCAAUUGUCUUUGAAGUAACCUACAGCUUGGGCAAGCAUAUAAUUGGUGACCAGUCUGUGAGAGAGCUUCCAGCAUUAAAACCAAUCUUGCGUUGGAAGAAAGGUCAUAAACUGGCUCAGCGAAACCAGACUGUUUUUGAAAGAAAUUGUAUAUCAGAUGACUGUGCUGCUGAUCUGCAACUUCAGGGCAGACUGUUCCUGUCCAGCUUUGAUGGCCACAAGUCUUUUCUAGCACUGGGGGCUGUGAAGAACAUCUCGGUGAAUGUGACCAUUUUAAAUGCUGGAGAUGAUGCAUAUGACACCAACGUUUACUUCAACUUUUCGCAAGAGAUCUUCUUCAUCAAAAUGUGGCAGAAGGAAGAAAAAGGCACUAAUUGUGAGCUGAUGGAGACAGACUUCCUGAAAUGCAGCGUGGGAUUUCCUUUCAUGAGAUGGCAGUCCAAGUAUGAAUUCAGCAUGAUUUUUGACACAAGUCACCUUUUCGGGGAACAGGAGAAUUUGGAGUUCAUAGUCACAACACAAAGUGGGAAUGUGGAGCAUAAUGAAACACUGCAUGACAACACACUCAUUCUCACAAUGCCGCUGAAACAUGAAGUGGACACCGCUGUUACAGGGUCUAUUUCUCCAGCCUCCUUUAUUUAUGGUGAUUCAGUGGAUGCAUCAAAAUUUAUUCAACUGGAAGAAAUGCCCUGUCUGUUUCAACCACUCAACUUGACAUUUCAGGUUAUAAAUAUGGGCCCAAGCAGUGCACCUGGACUGGCUGUCCAAAUUAUGAUUCCUAGCAAGCUUUUCACAAAUGGAGCAGACAUCUUUCUUAUCCAGGGAGCUGUGGUCAGCCAGGAGGGAGGCAAUUGUACUCACCACCAGAACCUUGAUCCUUGCUUCAUACCUCAGGACAAAGAGAACAUCUUCCAUACAAUCUUCGCUUUCUUCACCAAGUCUGGCAGGAAAGUGUUGGAUUGUGAUAGACCUGGCCGACCCUGCUCGAUCAUCAACUGUGAAUUAAACUACAUAGCAAAGGAAGAAACCAGAAACAUUGAUGUGUACUUGCUGCUGAAUACGGAGAUACUGAAAAAGGACAGUGCAUCUGUUAUUCAGUUUGUUACCAGAGCAAAAGCGAUGGUCGCUGAAGACAGAAGAACAGUGGAGAUAGCAGGCGGACUUUCUGAAGAUGCAACAGUGGUGUUUGAAGCCUUGCAUAAUCUGGAACCUCGUGGUUACGUUGUUGGAUGGAUCAUUGCCAUUAGCCUUUUUGUGGGAAUCCUCAUUUUCCUGUUGCUUGCAGUCUUGCUUUGGAAGAUGGGCUUCUUUCGUCGGAGGUACAAAGAAAUCAUUGAAGCUGAGAAGAACAGGAAGGACAGCGAGGAAAGUUGGGACUGGGUCCAAAAGGACCAGUGAGCACCUGAUAACUAAAGCAUGUGACAUGCAGCAGACAAUUCAUUGAUCCUUCUCCUGAGUCUUCCAUAUGUGGAAGAAGGGAUCCUUCUCCGGAUUUUUUGGAGAAUUGAUAAUUGAAUAUUUGUUUAAUUCAACAGCUGGAAGCAUUCCCGAGGCUGACACUGCAAGCAGAAGAUAUGUUGUGUGGUGCUUAGGCUUCCUUUAAAACCCAUCGAUGAAUUAAGAAAAAAAUGUGCUGUUGGGUCUAGAAAUGAAAGAGAUUACAAUUUACAACAAUACAGCCCUCAGGGGAUAAAUUCUCUUUGUGUGUUCUGUAAAGAGGAGCAAAUAUUUUUAUAAGAGAAAAACUUGUCUGUCCAAAUGUUUAUUCCUUUUAUAUUUUUAUCCAAAUGUUUUUAUCCAAAUGUAAUUUACUCAUAUUAAUUUCUAUAUCACACUCACUGCACUGAUGUCUUGCUCAGAGCCUGAGUGACGACAAGUUAAUGAAGAAGCUAUUUUGCCAAAAGCUCUUUGCAGUAAGGUCAAAUCUUGAUGAUGAAAAUUGCGACCACUUGUAGAGUUAUCUACCACUUUCAGUACUGUAUAUUCUUUGCACUUCGUCUCAAGCUAUUUUCAUUAUCUGCUGUCUGAAACAUCUUGUGACAUUGUACAAUAUAAAGAUACUAUUUUCAAUCUAUUAAGGAGGAUGGGAGAUAGCAGAGGAACUACUAUUGGGCUUCGUGCUCCAGAGUUAGAUCGGAGAACAUGAUUUCUGUGUCAGGCCUUUAUUCAGAGACUCCUCCCCUGAUCAACUGAAAAUGUGCCAUGUGUGGAUGUGUUAGAAUAAAGCAUGCCUAUAAUUCUC